GGUCGCUGCUCGGCCAUGGCGGGGGGGCCGGCUGCUGGCCGUGCUGCUGGCCGGGCUGCUCGGCGGGGCGCGGGGCUUCGGCGACGAGGAGGAGCGGCGCUGCGACGGCAUCCGCAUCGCCAUGUGCCAGAACCUGGGCUACAAUGUCACCAAGAUGCCCAACCUGGUGGGACACGAGCUGCAGGCGGACGCCGAGCUGCAGCUCACCACCUUCACCCCGCUCAUCCAGUACGGGUGCUCCAGCCAGCUCCAGUUCUUCCUUUGUUCGGUCUAUGUCCCGAUGUGCACGGAGAAGAUUAAUAUCCCCAUAGGUCCCUGUGGAGGCAUGUGCCUCUCUGUCAAAAGAAGGUGUGAGCCCGUUCUGAAGGAAUUUGGGUUCGCCUGGCCGGAGAGCCUGAACUGCAGCAAAUUCCCACCCCAGAAUGACCACAACCACAUGUGCAUGGAGGGCCCAGGAGAUGAGGAGGUUCCCCUUCACAGCAAGACCGCCUUGCAGCCUGGAGAAGAGUGCCACAGCAUGGGAUCUAACUCGGACCAGUACAUCUGGGUGAAGAGAAGCUUGAACUGUGUCCUCAAGUGUGGCUACGACGCUGGUCUCUACAGCAGGUCGGCUAAGGAAUUCACAGAUAUCUGGAUGGCCGUAUGGGCCAGUCUUUGCUUCAUCUCAACUGCCUUCACAGUCCUGACCUUCCUGAUUGAUUCAUCCAGAUUUUCCUACCCGGAGCGCCCAAUCAUAUUUCUGAGCAUGUGCUACAAUAUUUAUAGCAUUGCUUAUAUUGUGAGGCUAACUGUGGGCCGGGAAAGGAUAUCCUGUGAUUUUGAAGAGGCAGCAGAACCUGUUCUUAUCCAAGAAGGUCUUAAGAACACAGGAUGUGCUAUAAUUUUCUUGCUGAUGUAUUUUUUCGGGAUGGCUAGCUCCAUCUGGUGGGUUAUUCUCACAUUGACGUGGUUUCUGGCUGCAGGACUCAAGUGGGGCCACGAAGCUAUAGAAAUGCACAGCUCUUAUUUCCAUAUUGCAGCCUGGGCUAUCCCCGCGGUGAAGACCAUCGUUAUUUUGAUUAUGAGACUCGUAGAUGCAGAUGAGCUCAUCGGCCUGUGCUACGUUGGGAACCAGAACCUUGAUGCGCUGACAGGCUUUGUCGUCGCUCCACUUUUUACCUACCUGGUCAUUGGGACUUUAUUCAUUGCAGCAGGACUCGUGGCCUUGUUUAAAAUCAGGUCUAAUCUCCAGAAAGAUGGAACUAAAACUGACAAACUGGAAAGGCUGAUGGUGAAAAUCGGUGUGUUCUCAGUGCUGUACACCGUGCCGGCAAUAUGCGUCAUCGCCUGUUACUUCUAUGAGAUCUCCAACUGGGCUGUGUUCCGCUAUUCCGCGGAUGAUUCCAACAUGGCAGUGGAGAUGCUCAAGAUCUUCAUGUCCCUCCUGGUGGGUAUCACGUCGGGUAUGUGGAUCUGGUCAGCCAAAACUCUGCACACGUGGCAGAAGUGCUCGAACAGACUGGUGAACUCAGGGAAGGUGAAGAGGGAGAAGAGAGCGGAUGGUUGGGUGAAACCUGGGAAAGGGAAUGAGACCAUGGUGUGAGACAAGGACAGCAGCACGGGGGUCUGAUUGCCCUCCUGUGAAGGACUGAUGGUGUGCGAGCAUUGCCGUGUGAAGGCUGGAGUAGAGUAGGGAGAUGGUUACACAACCUGCCUCUGGGGAAUGGGAGGGAAAAAAAAGCCUGAAGGAAUAAACAGCAGAAAGGUCAUGCUGCAGAUACAAUAGCCAUAAACCAUGCUGCCCAAAAUAGGAAAGCCCAGGGAGGCUUUAAAAGCUGUGAAAUACCCAAAUGUGUUAUCUUUAUCUUCUUUUUUUUUUAGCAGGAUGCAAUAUGCUGAAGUGUUUAGAAGCUGAGGGACCAUAGCCCACAGCUGUGGGAUGUUGUUUCCUUUUCAUCGUCUUAUAGCUAAUGGAGGGAAGGUGGUCUGGGGCCAAUUCAUGGGCUGAUUUAGGGUCCGUUUAUCAGCCAGGACCUUAGUUAGGUGUCUUCUUUCCGAGUUCAGCAUUGUGAAGGAAGUGCUGGCAGAGUUGUGUCUUUAUGCCUUUUGCCAUAGAAUUCUGUUGCUCCCAUGUGCUGCACAAGUCAGCCAAGGAUCAGGUCCUCCAGCAAAUACCAAGUGCACUUUCCAGGUGUGAGAAUUGUUACCCAUGAUGGGUGGGAUUUAGAGAGGCAUUAGUGAGGGUGAUUCUUGUCACCUUAGGGUCUGAUAAUAGUUCCAACUCAUUCGUUUUACCACCUGUAACCUGGCCUGAAUUGAGAGCUGGCUCUGCCUUGCAGGGACUGGGACCUCCUUAAGUCCCUUCCCACCUGAAUUAAUCUGUGGUUCUAUCAAUAUUCCUCAUUUUUUAAAAGCUUUACUCAAGGUCAUUGUCAGAGUAGAGGAGUCACUGGGACCUGGGAAACAAUGGGAUUUCUAUCACCAGUCUGCCUCCAUUCCCAUCCCGUCAGGUGCUCCUGCUAUUUCCAGUGGGCCACUUUAUUCUGCUGCAUUUAAUAGCUUUAACUAAAGUCUUACAUUAUAGUGCUCAUUCCUCCAAGGAAGAGAAAAAUGAGUUGAGGGUCUCUUCAAACAAUGCCGGUUUUCUCCAAGUAAACUUAUCUGGCUCUCUCUGGAGACCCAUUGCAUGAAGCAAUUAAGUCUUAAUAUAUUUCAUUCCAUGCGAUGGUAUCUCUGCAGACGCCAGCCUGGGGAGAAGCGAAAUGUUAAGUUCCUUGGCAACCUCAUGUUCACACAGAUCAGUUGUGUAAUUAUGUGUGUCAGUUACAAUUAAAAGAACAUUCUCAGCCCAUGACAUGGCAGUGCAGCUGACUGCCUCACAAUGAUGCUCCAAUUGCUCCCUGACAGCUAUGAAAGGGGGGGGUUAAUGUAUAUUUACAUGCAGAAUGCAAGCAGGCAUUCGGUCCUCAGGAAGGACAAGAGACGUUUCCAGUUUUUGCAAAGGGAUCCCAAGAGAAGAGAUCCAGCUUCUUGGUGAAUAAUGUUGUUAAACAGCAACUGUUGAGUUUUCUUAUCCUUUCAUUUGAGGAGGCAUCAUCCUGUGCUCACAGGGAGCUUGAACCUUGUGCUGGGGGCUUGUUUGACUAAUGAGAAAUGUGAUGCAGAAGGAAAUACCCAUAACCACUUAAGAGAACACUGUUCUGAUGCUAUAUCACUUUGAAGGACCUUUGGUUUUAUCUGUGUGCCUUAGACUUUUGCUUCAUUUAUCUCUGUGGACCGUGGUCAGCUGUGGAGCAUCCCCCCAGUGCCCCAACUCACCCUUCAAGAGCAGCUAAGAACAGGCACUGCUGUGUUGCCCUCCUCACUUGUCACACAGGUGCCCCAUGUGCUUUCCAAGCCACAAUUUAUUCCAGCUCUGGCCGUGAGCACUAAUGUGUCCCAGAAGCGUGCAUUGUUUCACUGUUAAUGUUGAAACAUGUGCUACAGCACUUCUUUUCUUCUCUCUUUAAACAAACCCCAAACAAACCCUAAUUGCAGUCUUUGUGGUUGGGCUCCCUCUCCAGCACAACAAGUGACAACUUGACACAUUCUGCUCAAGACACACAAGCAUUGUCUUGGCCAACCCCACAUACCAGCCGAGCCUUUUCAUCCUCUCCAUAAACUCUCUUGCUAUUAGUGUUGGGUUUGGAUCUUGUUAUUCCUCUGUGGACAAGGAGUUUUACAAGUAGGAGGGCUUCUUCAUCGUGCAGUCUUUCUCCUGGGAUGUAAAGUCAGCAGCUGUAUGUUGGCUUUCCAGGGGUCAGAAUGCAGUACGAACCUUUCCGUGUAAGCUGGCAUUGGGCUGUGCCAAGGUGUCAUGUUCACUUAAGUGUCCUUCACUCUGGAAUGGUUUGGAUAACUCUCCUGGUCGAUACGACCCAUGUUUGACCUGACUGAUUCAAUAAACGGUGUUUUAACCAUGUUAUGUACACAGGAGUGACUGUUAAGUAGUGUUGUUAUCAGAUCCCUGCAUCUCUGCCUGUGACCCUGUGGACUGACAGAUGCCCCUGGUGAUGAGAAGUUGGAAGUGAGUUGGAUGAGGACAGCACUAUGAGAGAGCUGGGGGUUAUUCCAAUAAAGAGUGUGAGGGUCUCAAAUACCAUGGGAAGGAUGUGGGCUGGAGAGAGACCCUAUCUGCUGUUCCUGAAGGAACAUCUUUCCCAAGCAGAAUGGGAAACACUGUGCUAACUCAAAGCAAAUUUAGCUGUUGCAGUAAUGAACCAUUCCAUAAAUGUAUUCAUCCACGUGCACUUCCCUUGCUCUGUUUUGGAGCUCUACAAGUGGGAAGUCACAGUGUGUGUGAAGAGUGGGUAUCUCCAACUCCUACUUUCUCUUUUUUCAAUGUUGUUAUGAAUAUAAAGCCAAAAACUGUGACUGAUCCUGUCUUGGAAGCAUGGAUGCUGUGGUUGUACAAGAAGAAACUUUACAGUUAUCUUCUUUGCAUGGGUUCUGCUCCCAUCUCCCCCGUUCAGUAUGUGUCUUCCCACUGCAGGUAUGGAAGCACCUGUUGGAGAGGUACAAGCCUAGCUCUUGUGUUAAACAAAUUAGCUCCUUUUCUGAAUUUUAAGGAAAUAAACACUGAUUAUUUUGGGGUGUACAGAAAAUAUAUCUUCUUCAAUGUAUGUACUGUAAAUUUCUAAUUUAUCACUG